AUGUGUAUUACUUUUAUUAUUAAUGCUGAUAAUGAUUUAAUUUUGGGAAGAUUCAAAUUAAUAUUGUUAAAUAAUAGAGAUGAAGAAUUUUCUCGCCCUACUUCUGCACUAGCUUGGUGUGAUGGAAUUUUGGCGGGGAGAGAUGAACGUGAAAAGGAAAGAGGUACUUGGCUUGGAAUUGACAGAAAUGGGAGAAUUGGAAAUUUAUUGUCUAUAACAGAACCAAAAAAUGUUUUUAAAUCUUUUGCACCAAGCAGAGUUACGAAUUUUUUGAAUGGACAAACUUCUGCUGAAAACUUUCUUUUUCAACUUAGAGGAGAAAAUUUUAAAGAUUUUAAUGGAUUUCAAUUUGUUAUAUUAGAAAGAAUUGAAGAUUGUUAUGAACUUUAUUCUUUUACAAAUAGAUUUGAUAAUUCUGAACCCGUGCAUUGGCCUAAAGGCCUUCAUGUUUUCAGUAAUAGUCCAAGAAUAACUCCCUUCAAAAAGGCUAUUUAUGGCGAAAAACUCCUUCAAUCAUUAAUUGACCAAUUCUCUACAAAAAUUGAUUUUACUGAAGAGGAUUUAAUUAAUGAACUUUUUGAAAUUGGUUCUAAUACAGAAAUACAUUUUCCGGAUGAACAAAUUCGUCUACAAACUGGUUCUACUGACUCAAAAUACAAAUUGUUAUGUUCAAUUUUUGUUAAUGGGCAUUUACAAGGAAGAAAUUAUGGAACAAAAUCAACUUCAAUAAUACUGGUUGAUAAAAAAGACAAUGUAAGCUUUUAUGAAAGGCGUGUGCUUGACAUAGCUAAACCAAUGGAUGAUCCUUCUAAAUUUGAAUAUUCUGUCGAAAGAUUUUUAUUGGAAAAAUACUAA